CUAGACGCAAAUCACUCCGGCGAUCUAUUAUAACCACCAUUAUCUACCGAUCGCCAUGGAUGGUACAGUCCGCUGCUCCGCCAAUUACGUGCCGCUAUCGCCGAUAAGCUUUUUACGGCGAUCGGCCGCCGUCUACAGUGAUUGCCCCUCUAUCGUCUACGGCGACGUCAGAUUCACCUGGAGAGAGACGCUGGACAGGUGUACAAGGCUUGCUUCCUCUCUCACACUCCUCGGAAUUUCUCGCGGCGAUGUUGUUGCUGCCCUGGCUCCCAAUAUUCCGGCCAUGUAUGAGCUGCACUUUGGAGUUCCCAUGGCUGGCGCAGUUCUUUGUACCCUCAACACCCGCCAUGACUCCAAUAUGCUGUCUGUCUUGUUAAAGCAUUCAGAAGCCAAGAUCAUCUUUGUAGAUUACCAACUUCUCAAAACAGCCCAAGGAGCAAUUGAAAUUCUAUCCAAGACUCAUGCCAAAUUGCCUCAAGUUAUUGUAAUUCGCGAUUCCGAUGAACCGUUACCAUAUUCCAUAAGUUUGGAAUACGAAAGCUGCUUAAUCGAGAAAGGGAAUCCAAAAUUUGAGACCAAAUGGCCGAUUGAUGAAUGCGAUCCCAUUUCUCUGAAUUACACCUCAGGCACGACGUCUAGUCCAAAGGGUGUCGUCUUUAGCCAUCGAGGAGCCUAUCUCAACUCCCUAGCUUCCGUUCUACUAAGCGAAAUGACCUCAUUGCCCAUCUAUCUUUGGACCGUUCCCAUGUUUCACUGCAACGGGUGGUGCUUCACGUGGGGAGUAGCUGCCCAAGGCGGAACAAAUGUUUGCCUAAGGAACGUUACAUCAAAGGCCAUUUUCGACAACAUUUGUAUUCAUAAAGUUACUCACAUGAGUGGUGCCCCGACGAUCCUCAACAUGGUGAUAAAUGCACCCGAAAAUGAGCAAAAACCUCUCCCGGGGAAGGUUAGGAUUGUGACUGGAGGUGCCCCUCCUCCAGCCCAUGUACUAUACAAGAUGGAGGAGCUGGGGUUUGACGUGACUCACUCUUAUGGAUUGACUGAGACCUACGGGCCCGCGACGGUUUGCACAUGGAAACCCGAAUGGGAUUCGCUAGCCCCUCAGGCUAAGGCUCGGAUGAAAUCCCUACAAGGUUUGCAGCAUCUCGGGUUGGAAGAGGUUGAUGUUAAGAAUCCGGAAACAAUGGAGAGCGUUCCGCAUGAUGCUAAAACGAUGGGAGAGGUUAUGUUAAGAGGAAACACGGUUAUGAACGGAUACUUGAGAAACUCGAAAGCUACGGAAGAUGCUUUUAGAGGCGGUUGGUUUAGGAGUGGUGACUUGGGUGUAAUACACGGAGAUGGGUACAUUGAAUUAAAGGAUCGUUCGAAAGAUAUAAUAAUUUCCGGUGGAGAAAACAUAAGCACGAUAGAAGUGGAAGCAGUUCUUUUUAGUCAUUCAAGUGUUCUUGAAGCGGCUAUUGUUGGAAGGCCCGAUGAGUAUUGGGGGGAAACGCCUUGUGCGUUUGUGAAACUUAAGGAUGGUUAUGUUGUUUCGUCGGAGGAGCUUAUCGGACAUUGUAGGGAUCACCUUCCACGUUACAUGGCUCCUAGGACGGUAGUUUUUGUUUCAGAGGAUUUGCCGAAAACAUCGACAGGAAAAGUGCAAAAGUUUGUUCUUAGAGAAAAGGCCAAGGCCAUGGGCAGCCUUACUACUGAUAAAGGGAAAAUCAGCAAAUUGUGAUGUAGAUGCAUACACAUAUCUUUGCUAAGAAAUAACACCUUUGUAAGAUAGUUGUUAUAUGAAUAAAUCACCUACAU